CGUAGUUAUGAGGAAGCCCUGGGUAAUGACAGUCUGAUACGUUAGUGCAGAUCAGCCUUUUAUGGUUUUGAGAUAAAUACUUAUCAGAAUGACGACUUGUGCUGCUCAGCGGUCAGUGUUUGACUUCAGUCCCAAUGAAGAGUCUGUAUGUGGGCUCAGAGAAGUCAGCUCCGUCCUGAAACAGACUGAUCCAGCCCCAGAGGGGUUGGAGAGUAAAAACCAGGAUGACAGACAACGAGACGUGAGCCUGGUGAGAGAGGUGUCAGACAAGAUGACAUGUUCAGCCUGCAAGUGUUCCUUUACUAAUCGUGAGGAACAGAUGGAGCACUACAAGCUUGAUUGGCAUCGUUUCAACUUGAGACAGAAGGUGGCAGGUUUGUCCUCGGUCACAGUGGAGGAGUUUGAGAAGAAGACUGGAGCUGGAGAUAUGUCAAGUAUCUCAGGCUCAGAGUCCGACUCCAAGGACGAAGACUCAGAUAGUGACUAUGGAGGAACAAGCAGUAACGUCACCGGCACAGAUAAUGAAAGCUCAGCUGAAACCACUUUAAUCACUGGCCGUCUGUCUAGCAAGGUGGUUUUCCAGAAUGCUGCUGGACAGUAUCUAUCAGUAUACCGCUGCAUUCUCCAGGGGAAGUCAGAUGAUGAGCAAGAUUUGGGGUCCGCCUUGAAGUCUAUAAGUAAGAAGACAGUGUGGGUCAUCCUCAUGACAGGUGGAGGCCACUUUGCCGGCGCUGUAUUUCAGGGAAAAGACGUUAUUCAGCACAAGACAUUUCACCGAUACACUGUGCGAGCAAAGCGAGGGACUGCUCAAGGACUCAGAGAUUCUCAGAACCGCAGUCACGCCCCCAAAUCUGCAGGAGCUGCACUGAGGCGGCACAAUGAAGCAGCACUAGUCAAGGACAUUCAGGAUCUUCUAGAAAGCUGGGCUGAACACUUGAAAGGGGCCUCUGCAAUAUUUGUGCGAGCUCCGAGCUACAAUAAAACCAUAUUUUUUGGUGGUCGUGCAGCUCCUCUUGACAAAAAAGAUCCCAGGAUACGCAGCCUUCCAUUUGCUACGCGGAGGGCAACUUUCCGAGAGGUGCAGAGGGUGCAUGAUGUACUUUCCAGCGUUCAUGUUUAUGGGAAUGACACAGAUGUUGCUGCCAUCUUCAGUCCAUCCAAGAAAACGUGGAAAAAAGCUGUCAAACCUACACUACAAAUCAACUUGGAUCAAGAAAAAGAAAAUAAUCAUGAAAGCACAGAUGAGGUGGAGGAUGGUGAAGAAAUCCAGCUGGAGACAGUGGAAAUGACACUAGUGACCCUGGAUCUCAGGGACUCUGAAAUCUGUCCCUCCAAACGUAAAAGGCGAAAGAGGAGAAAGAAGGAGGACACCAAAAUCCAAAAUGAGGACGUGAGUAAUACAGAAACAGACGCUAAAGAGACACCAGAAGCUCCACCAGCAGAAGACACAUUUCAAGAAACGCAAUCAAAGACCAAGAAGAAGAAGAGAGCACAGGCUAAGCAACAACUGGAAGAAAUUGUUGAUGAAUCAUGGGAGUACGGCCUGAGAGACGCACUCUUUACAGUAUGCAAAAUUGGGGAUGUGGAAGGUCUACAAAGACUUCUCCAUCUACCUGGAGAGAAGACAGAAACUGCAGAGGAAAGUGACAUUUCUGAGGUCCAAAGUCCUCUGGUGCUUCUAAAUAAGCCUAUAGACACAUCAGGGUUUACUCUGCUACAUGUUGCAUCUGCAGCUGCACAGAAGGCAACCAUCAAGAUGCUUCUGGAUGCAGGAGCAGACCCCGCCUGCAGGGAUAACAAAGGGCAAACCCCAUAUAUCGUCGCCCCUGAUAAAGACACGAGGAAUGUCUUUCGCAAAUACAUGGGCGAGAAUCCCGACAAGUAUGACUACAUUAAGGCCCAGGUUCCUGGGCCACUUACAGCGGAGAUUGAAUCUAACAAAGCAGAGAAGAAAAAGGCACAAAAGGCUCAAAGAAAACAGCGAGAAAAAGAGCAAAAGGAGGAGAAGAAGAAACAUGAGUUGGAGGCGGAGGAAAAGAAGAGGUUCGCAGCACUUACGGAUCGUGAAAAGAGAGCUUUGGCAGCAGAGCGGAGGUUAGCAGAGCAGGCAGCUGCAACAGGAGUCAGCCUCUCUAAUGUCAAGAGGUGCUGGAUGUGUGGGGAGUCUCUGCUGGGGAAAAUUCCAUUUCAGUACCUGGAUUAUUCAUUCUGCACCCCUCGCUGUGUCCAGCAACACCGAAAAGCAAAUGCUCCUCCAGCCAAAGCCUAAGACAUACAGACAGUUAAAAGUCAGGGGGAAUCUACCUCAUAGCACAUUAAAUACUGUGUCUUACCAAUCUGCUCUCAGAGCCACAUUUCAAAGGUAUUUUUUAUUAUGGCAGAUGAUUUGAGACACCACCUUAGUGUCUAAAAUUAAAUAAACAGAAUGUUAACUGGAUGCAAAUGUAGUAAAAGAAACAUUUGUUCACAAUGUUUAAAAUUAUUUAAAGCUAAAAAA